AAUUUAAACUAAACAAACGGUAUACCAUGAACACCCUGGCCACCUCCCAAACCUACAAGAAGAUCGACACUCUCAAAACCAAGCCCCACUCCAAAAUUUCCCUGUACGAGGACACUGAGCAGUCCAGAAAGAUCAUAAUAAAGCAAAUCCGGAAUUUCUCCCCUGGCAAUCGCCAAGAACGCAAGAAAAUGGCCGAGGAAGCAACCAUCCUGGCUAAGUUUGACCACCCUAAUAUUAUUGAGUGCUAUCAUGCAGGGUUUAUUUCGAAAUUUGCGGAUUCUUUAAGGAAAGAAGUCCAUGAGUACUUUAAAAUUGAGAUGGAAUAUGCCCCUCUUGGGUCUUUAAAGGAUGAAAUUAGGAGAAGAAAUUAUCAAGCAGAGCCAAGGUAUUUUACUGAGAAGGAAAUUAUGAACUAUUUUGUGCAGAUUGCCAAAGCUGUUAGAGAGAUUCAUAAUAGCAAUAUAAUUCAUAGGGAUCUCAAACCAGAUAAUAUUUUUAUGUUUGAUAACGGAAUUGUUAAAGUUGGCGAUUUUGGUGAAUCUGCAGAAUUGGAGACUUCAGACCAGACUCGGAAUACUCUCUGAGGAACUCCAUGCUAUAUGGCUCCUGAAGUAUUUCUAAGAGAGCAUAGCUUUGAGUCUGACAUUUGGUCUCUAGGAGUUAUUCUGUAUGAACUAUGAACUUUAAAAGUUCCUUUCAAUUCUGCAUCUUGACUGGAAGUAGAGAGAAAAGUAAUUCAUGAAAAUGAUCUUGCUCCAGUUACUCCAAUGUAUUCUGAAAAUCUUCAGCAUCUAUUACUGAAUUUACUCGAAAAGAUUCCAAGCCAAAGACCCACAAUAGAUGAGAUCUUUCAGUUUAGUUUGGUAGAAGAUGCCGAACAGGAAUAUUACUGAAACAUAGUUCAUGAAGAAAUAGAUUUUUCUUCAAGUCUUAGACCUUCUCAAGAGUCUAAUGCCAUUUCUCAACCCUUUUCUAGCAAUCCUGUUUGUAUGUGAGAAGAUUAUCCGAGAGAUGGAGAGAGAGUAUUUAACCUUGGUGAAACUGUGAGAUACCUUCCAAUGGAUACGAUAGAUCCUCAUCAUAACCCUGCUAAAGCUAUUAUUCGCAGGAGGACUAUGAUGCCAAGUGUUGAAGAAACUAGUAGUACUCAAAUGAGCUCAAAUACAACACAGUCAGAUCAAGAAUCGUCAAAAGAACUUAAUUACUUACACUUUAAACUUGAUUUAAAACUUGAAAUGAGUAAAGAUCUAAAAGAAUUAAACCUCCCUGAGUUAGUUGGCAACCUCCUUAAAAAUCAAUCUUGCAAGACCCCUGAGGAAGAAUGUGAAGCCAGACUAAUAAAUUAGCCCUAAAUGAGCGUCAUAAGUUUGUACGAAUUGCAUUUAGCUUUCAUGAUCUUCAACAUGCUAAAAUGUAAUUCAUUA